GCAUCACACUUCCUGAUGUUGGCUGAGCAGUGCAGAUACACUUCGCUUAACGUUUGGCUAAAAGACGCAGUUAAGACGGACUCCCCGAGACUUUAAGGAGUUUGGAGACUGAAGAUAACUAACUUCCAUACUGAGACGCCAUUUCCUUGUCUUGUACCAUUGGAAAAUCUGAAGGUAUCUUCCUUCCAUACUGAGGCAGCACUUCAGUAUGUCCAACAAAGCGAGGAGGAUGCUGGUUCUGCUGCUGAUCAUCCUGAAGGAAGCUGGCGCGACUCAACGGUGGGACUCAACCUGCAGCAGCAGCUGUUCAUCAGACUGUUGGUGCUUCAACAGAGGCCUCAGCAGUGUUCCUCAGGACCUGCCUACAUACAUCACUCAGCUUCACUUGUACAGCAAUGCCAUCACAACCUUAAAUCAGUCUGAUUUCUCAAGGUACAGGAGCUUGACAUGGUUACACCUUGGUGACAAUCAGAUCUCCAUGAUCCAUAACAAAACAUUCCAUGACUUAACCAGCCUGACUUACCUGAACCUUCAUGAUAAUCAUUUGACCACUCUGCCAGCUGACAUAUUUGUGGGACUUGGUAAUCUGCGGUACUUGUCUCUUCACACUAACCAGUUAACAAGUCUGUCAGCUGACAUAUUUGUGGGACUUGGUAAUCUGCAGGAGUUGUGGCUUUACUCUAACCAGUUAACAAGUCUGUCAGCUGACAUAUUUGUGGGACUUGGUAAUCUGCAGAGAUUGUAUCUUGAAAAUAACCAGUUAACUAGUCUGCCAGCUGACAUAUUUGGGGGACUUGGUAACUUAAAUGGGCUUCGCCUUCAAAGUAAUAACAUCCACAGUAUCGAGGCAGGCACCUUCAAUGACACAACAAAGCUAACUUAUCUAUUCCUUCAGAACAACAACAUCAGCACCAUCACAGCUGACACAUUUGGGAAUCUACUUCAGAUUAAAACAUUGUUCCUUUCUGGUAAUAACAUCAACACUUUCCCUGUAGAGGCCUUAUCAAACUUGAAUAUUUCAGUGCUGUCAGAGCUUACAUUAGAUAAUAACCAAUUAGAGACCCUACCAGUCAUGGCAUAUGACAUACUGGCUUACAUUCCAAUAGUCAACAUUGCCAACAACCCCUGGCAGUGUGACUGUAGGAUGGCUCCCUUUAAGCAGAGGAUGAGCGGGUCUUACCGAUUUGAAGACCAGAUCAGAUGUGCCAGACCUGCUAACCUUACAGGGCAACUCUUACGGGAUGUAAAUCCUGAAGACUUGAUCUGUGAGGAGACAACACCAGUCUACUCCACUUCUAGCACGAAACACAUUCCUGACUCUACUGACCCUCCUUUUGCUUCGAAUGUGACACUAACUGAGAGCACUACUGGCCCUGCUGAUGGUGGCAUUGUGCUGUCUGUUCCCUUGGUUGCUACUCUGGGAGCUAUUUUUGGACUCCUCCUUAUCUGCACUAUAGCCUUUGCAGUAUGGCGCAUGUAUAAGAGGAGGCAAAGGGAUCCUCCUCAUCAAGGCUUUAGCAACACAAACCCCACAGGCACAUCCAGUGGUCAUGACCAGAUAAGGUUGCAGGCAGUUGGCACAAGUGCAGAAGUAAACAGUCAGUCUGAAACAUCCCAUUCUGAUACAGACCACAGCGAGCAUGUCUAUGACGCCCCAAUAUAUGAGGGCCCUGAUGUUUCAGCUGGUCCACAGGGUGUAGUGUAUGACUAUGAGAAUGAGGAUGAGAUAGAAUCUACAAAGGAAGGUCCACAGUCCCACAAACAUGAGAACAGCCAGGUGACAGCAGCUGCUAAAUAUGCUGCAGCUGGUCCACAGGAUGCGGUGUAUGGGAAUGAUGAUGAGACAGCUAGAUUGAUUACUUUAGCUUCGCAGAUUGAUGAAGAGUUAGUUGAUAACCAAUCACAGAUAGCGGCUGCCCCUGGUGCUGACAACCCUCACCACUAUGAACCCCUGAGAAACCCCAGCAGUCAGCAGCAGCACACAUACACAUCCCUGAUGCCUCAUGGUUCACAACACAAUUAG